CUCUUGAUAAAUGCAGUGGAACUUGCUUUCCAUCUCUGACAGUGGAGAAACAGCAGUCAGAUCACAGAGCAGAACAGAAGAAUGAAGUUCAACAGCGCUUUGAGUGCUGCUGGAGUCACACUUCUCUACAUAGCAGGUUCCCUCUGCCAGUUAGAUGUAUGUGGUCAAGCCCGUGUCAGAGACAGGAUUGUUGGAGGGGAGAAUGCGACGGCAGGUGAUUGGCCAUGGCAGGUCAGCAUUCAUGUCUUUGGCCUAAGCCAUAACUGUGGCGGGACUCUCAUCACUAAAGACUGGGUUUUAUCUGCAGCUCACUGCUUCCAGAGUUUUGUAUUGUCUAGAGUUGUGAUAUACUUCGGUCGUCUGAGCCAAUCCGGCUCAAACCUUAAUGGGACAUCCAGGAGAGCGAGUCAAAUCAUCAACCAUCCUAAUUAUGGCAGUCCUCCUUAUAACAACGACAUAGCACUGAUCCAGCUCUCCUCCUCUGUGAAUUUCUCUGAUUACAUUAGGCCGGUCUGUCUGGCAGCAGCUGGGAGUGUAUUUAGCGGAGGUACUGAGAGCUGGGUCACUGGAUGGGGCAGGCUGCAAGAAGGAGCCACCCAGCUUCCUGAUCUACUGCAGGAGGUGAUGAUACCAGUUGUGAGUUACGGUGACUGUAAUAAGAAUUAUGGAGGAGCAAUCACGAGCAAUAUGAUUUGUGCUGGAUUGUUAAAUGUGGGAGGAAAAGGUGCAUGUCAGGGAGACUCUGGAGGUCCAAUGGUCAGUAGGAACGGCUCCCUGUGGAUUCAGUCUGGUAUUGUGAGUUUUGGUAGAGAAUGUGCUGACCCCACAUUUCCCACUGUGUUCGCAAGAGUCUCUCAGUACCAGGACUGGAUCAAGUCUUACACGGGCAGCAACCAGCCUGGAUUUGUUGAAUUCAACAAUGACAUUCAACAAUCAACUCCUACUACAACUACAACCCCAACUACAACUAAAACUCCAGCUCAAUCAUCCAACUCCAACUUCAGAAGCAUGCCCAACCUCCUCUUAUUUCCACUUUCUCUCACAUUCUCCAUCAUUCCUUUCUCCCUCAUUCAUGCUUCCUAAAGAUAGUUUGAACAGUAAUUAUCAGGGUUGUUUUAUGUAGAGGACAGUUCUGCUAUAAAUGUUCUCAUAAAUAUGAGAAAGAGCACUUAUAUUGUUGUAUUUACCAUUCAUUCUUUAUCAUUCUAUAAAUGUACUAUUCUUGAAAAGCUCUCUUAUUGAUAUUAUAAGAUCAUAAUGAAGUUUAGCAUGUCCUCUGAGAUUCAGGAUCUUAAAAAUAAAAUAAAAAAAUCAA